CCGACUAGAAUGGCUAGGGUAGGGUGUGUUUUGGUUUCAGAAUGACCCAUAUGAUGCGGAACAAAAAUAUUUUUAUACACGAUUCUUGGGUGGAUAUGGGUGUGAGUAUGGAAUUUCGACAAUCUCUAUUUGUUAUGUACAUAGUACUAGAAUAUGUGUUUGUCCAGAUGAGUAGUGAUGACAAUGGGCGGGUCGGGACAGGUAGGUCAGUACGUACCCAUACCCGCUUUGUGCUAAGUGCUGAGUUAGGUCGCGGGUGAUACCCGCACGGAUACGGGAUAGAGCACGAGUUUACUCAUUUUUAUAUGUCAUUUGAAAUUUUUUGAUAUUUAACUAUUUUACAAGCAUCGGCGGAUCCAGAACACAGAAGAGCACUGAGUCGUAUUUUAUUAAAAAAUUAGAAUCCUAAAAUAAUUAAUUAUUAUAGUUUUUUUACAAUGUAAAUUGUACACGACGGUAUCUUAAUUUAGCAAAUGCAUCAAUAAUGUAGUCCACAUCCAUACCAAUAGUAUACAUUGUCCCAAAUAAAAUACUUGAGCAAUUGAAAAGAAAUUCAUCGCUCAUUUAUUGUGCAAAUUAGUUUUUACAUGUUUCUUUGUUCAAAAGGUUCUCUCAGGUUCUCUCUGUAGUAGUUGUUAAAACGAGCAGCGUCAACACUAGACAAAUCAAUAUCAAUUUGCAUUAUGUGUUAUACCACCAGUUGUCUUAUAAAUUUUCAAGGUAACAAACCUCAUAUUUUUUUUAGUCUAUUAUGCUUUAUAAUUUUAGGUUUCAUUUUUUUUAGACGAAAAAUCUUUGAGGCUAGAAUUUCUAGGCUAAAUUUAGAGUAGUGAUUUUAAUAUGUUCAUCUAAAUCAAUUUGCUAAUUAUAUCCAAUUUUAUUAUAAAAUAAUAUUAGGUCGAAUACCUAAAAUCGAAAAAUUAAUAAAGCCUAUGCCAAUUAUGGAUCCAUAGGAGGGCUGAGCCGGGGCUCGGGGUGGCCACCCCCUGGAUCCGCCACUGUUUACAAGGCAGAUAAAAUACUUCACAAAUAAAUUGUCAUCACUACACAUCAGUAGUUUUUUGUUUGAAAGAGGCGUAUUUAUAAAUAAUAUAAAAUUUCAUAAUUAAAUCUCUCUCAACAAAUCGAAUUAUUAGAACCAACCAUCACGUGAUAAGUUUCUUGAAAAAAGUGUUUGAAGAAAGUGAGCAAAAGGUAUGGAGGCAAGGUGCUUGGUGGCACGCAUGCAUGCAAUAUAACGCAAAUAAGUUUGGCAUUUACUGAUUUACAUCAUCAAAAAAGCUGAUCAGUGAGUCAGACACAUUCGGUCAUACCCCGCCGAAUAGAACGCAAGAAGAAGACUGACUGAGCGGAUUCAAAGAUGGAGUGCGUUUGGAAGCUCAUGAUCCACAGAUCGAUACUUUUUUGGGCUACCCAACAAAACCCAACUCCUCUCUGAUCUCAUGAUCAUCUGCAUCAAUAUCCAGUUAUCCACUUCUCCUCUCUCUCUAUAAAUUGCCAAGGCCAGAGGCCAUUUCAUCUCCACACUCAAACCCCAACCAAAAAUAACCUACUUACACUUGCUAGCUAGACCUUAGCUCCCUAUCCAAUCUACUCUUUGAACAUCAAACAUGGGCGUGACCACGGCUACCCACGAGUUCAAGUCCUCAAUCCCAGCACCUAGAAUGUACAAGGCACUGCUCGAGGACUCCCCAACCCUCUUCCCCAAGAUCAUGCCUCAAUACAAGAGCAAGGUCGUCCAGGGCGACGGAGGUGUCGGUAGCAUCCUCGAGACCUGCUUCCCCGACGAAGGGAACCAAGUGAAGAUUGUGAAGCACAAGGUGGAGGCCCAGGAUCCGGCCAACUACUACGCCAAGUACACGGUGAUUGAAGGCAGUCCAUUGAGCGACAACAUCGAGUCGGUGGUGAACGAGAGAAAGAUCGAGCCGGCCGGUGACGGAUGUGUCGUCAAAGCAACCGAUCAUUAUCAUACCAAGGGAGGUGCUGCUGACAAGGCAAUGAUUGAUGCCAUUGGGAAGCAGACUACGACGGUCUACAAGCUUGUGCAGGAUUACCUCCUGGCCAACCCUGGUGCCUGUGCUUAAUGAGUUAAUUACCUACCCCUCGUAAUCAUGUUUACGUGGCCUUAAUCACCUAAUAAGCAACUACUGUGCCUGGUGACGUUCAAGUAGUUUUUGUUCUGUCAGAAUUGUUGAGUAUUAUGUCUGUCGUUCAGUUAAUCAGUUAUACUCCUACUCUGGUUGUUGUUUUUAUGUAAUAAAGUACUGUGUGGCAUGUAGCUUGUUUUUUUGUGUCAUCCAUGUUCUACUCAUGCUGAUAAUCAGCCUGGAAAUUAAAUAAAACAGUGAUUGGUGUUAGUGUUGUAAUAUAUGAUCCACGAUUGAACCUCUCCCAACAACUCGAGUUAUUGGGAUCAACUGGGUUCUUGACAUGGUAUCAGAGCCUUCUGUGACCGAGAGGUCUUGUGUUCGAUUCCCGGUGACCCCUAUUUGUUAAGCACAUGGUAUUCUUGUCUUCAGACUUGUGCAAACUUCAAGCCCUUGUGAGUGGCUUUCGUUUGAGGGAGCGUGUUAGUUUUGUGGUAUAUGAUCCACGAUUGAACAUCUCCCAACAACUCGAGUUAUUGGUAUCAACUGGUUCUUGAAGUCCGAUUUGUCCUGUCCAACCUGAGCUGGCCCAAUCUCAUGCGGGUCAAUCUCGUAAGGCCCAAACAAAUAGAGCCCAAAACAUUGU